AUGAUUGAAAUUGUUUGUAAUGACCGAGUUGGUCGUAAGGUUCGAGUCAAGGCUCUUCCUGAUGAUACCAUUGGUGACUUUAAGAAACUUCUUGCCGCUCAAAUUGGCACAGAUCCUACCAAAAUCAUACUUAAAAAGGGUUACACUGUUUAUAAGGAUCACAUUACUUUGGCCGACUACGAAAUUCAUAAUGGAAUGAACUUGGAACUAUAUUAUGCAUAA